AUGACUUUCGAUGCGCUCUCCCCCCGAGAGGUGAUUGAGGCUGUCUCAAACACAGGUGCACACAAGGGGAAUAUGCGACUAGACAAGGUGUUUUUCAGUGCAGUGUCAGCUGGCUGUUUACUUGCGUUCGCUUGCGGAACUACUCUUAGUACCAAUGCCACACCCUGGUUUCAAGAGAAUGCCCCAGGUCUGAUACGAACCAUCGGUGCCUUGGUAUUUCCUUAUGGUCUGUGUAUGAUCCUCCUCACUGGUGCAGAUCUUUGCACUGGGUCUUUUAUGUUUACUACAGUUGCCGCCCUCCAUCGGCGCUUGCCUUGGUAUAAAAUGUUGCUUCACUGGGCUGUUACAUUCCUUGGUAAUCUCGCCGGAUCAUUAUUUGUCGUGGCUAUCAUCUUCGGCUAUGGAAAUACCUUCUCCGCCGAGCCAUUCAAGUCCGCUGCCAUUUCCUUCGCUACAAAGAAGCAGGUUGCCCCUGAGUUCCACAUGAUUUUCCUGCGUGGCAUUGGAUGCAACUGGCUAAUUAUUGGAAUCUGGUUACCUACCUUUGCGUUCGUCUCACUGGGUUUCGACCACGUCGUUGCAAACAUGACAUUUAUUCCAUUGGGCAUCUGGCUCGGAGCGCCACAUAUUACAACUGGUCUCUAUAUCUGGAAAGGUAUCAUCCCGACCUUGUUAGGAAACAUCAUCGGGGGAGGUGUAUUUUGUGGAGUUUACUAUUGGUACAUGUACCUUCUCGAUCUGAAUACUCUGCCAUUGUAUAGUGAGCGGAAAGAUCGGAGUGGUUCAAUGACCCCGGUGUCCAGCUCAGAACUAGCUAACACUAAGCAACCGCACGUUGAGCCACCAUCUGGAGGCUUUGGACAUCACAACCCACAUAUUCAUGAUUAG